UUUAUCAGUUUUCUGGAUGACCAAAGUUUUGCAGGAAUGAAAGCAGUGUUGGAUUCCAAAAUGAAGGAAUUAUCCAAGAAAGGUAUGGGACUACAACGACGACAGGCAGAUGUAAUCAGCCAAGUACAAGAGGAGGACAUGUGGAGAACAAAUAUCUUGGGAUCUGAUACUCCUCAGAAACUAUUGGACACUAUGGUGUUCAUGAUCGGGUUGAAUUUUGCUCUGCGAGCAGGUCAGGAACAUCGUAAUUUACGAUUUGGUGGACAUUCACAAAUUUGCAUCAGAGUGGACAACGAGAAUCGUAGAUACCUGGAAUACACUGAAGAUGUGUCAAAAACAAACCGUGGCGGUAUCCUUCAUCGAAAGCUGGACCCAAAAAUUACAAGGGCUUAUGAAAAUCUAAAACAACCAGAGAGGUGCAUUGUGAAGCUCUACACAAAAUAUACCCAAGCCAGACCUGACAACUGUAAAACUGUUGCGUUUUACCUAAGAGCGAGGAAAUACAUAAAUGGAAAUGUAUGGUACCAAGAUGCAGCAGUUGGAGUUCACAUACUCCAACAAACAGUAAAACGCCUCUGUGAGCAAGCUGGAUUUCAGGGUUUAUUUACCAACCACUCUCUCCGCGCAACCGCAGCAACACGCCUCUAUAGUGCCGGAAUAGACGAACAGUUGAUUUCCGAGAAAACUGGCCAUCGUUCAAAUGCUGUACGUGCUUACAAACGCACCAGUGACCAACAGCAAUCUGACAUGAGUGACAUUCUUAGUGGAAACAACGCUAACAGUGUUAAAAUUCCCAGAAAGGAAAGUGAGAAUAGAGGGAGUACGGAAAUUAAUAUCGAAUCUGGAGGUAUCAAAAUCAAUGUGAAAUAUUGAAAAUGGCUCAUGUGACACUAUAUCGAAAUUCUGGUGGAUUAUACAGUUUGUGAUACUUUAUCGAAAUUCUGUCUGAAUAUAUAUACAGCUUGUACAUGUGAUACUAUAACGAAAUUCUGUUGGAUUACAGUAUCAAUGGAUUAAUAAAGAUGAAGUGUACAUUUUUGUUGUUUGAAUUAUUUUUCCACCCGUCCAAAAAAACUGUCCAUUAUUUAUGGAAAUAAUGGACAGUUUGUCCUAAUAAUGGACUGAUAACAGUCCAUUAUUAGAUAUAAUGGUCUAUACAAACAAUGGAUGAUGUCAUAGAUAUG